AUGACUCGCCCGGUUGUCAAUAUGGAUCACUCGUACUCUCCAGAAUCGCUUGAGCGGAUGUCGAGUCCGGAAUGGGGCCUCGACGACGACUCGCCACCACCUGCGCCCAAAGUCGUUGAGACGCGCGUGAAGUCAGAGUCUGUUCUUCCCUCACAUCCGUCAAGCGUAGACGCUGAAAACGGCUCAGCAGCCCAGGAAAGCAUCUUCGUCUCAGACGACGACGUCAAAGAGGUGACGCCCGUGAAGCGCCAGCCCGCCAAAGUCCAGACAAUACCCGACUCGUCAGAAGACGAUGAACCCAUCGCCUCCACCCGUCAGCGCCACAACCUACGCUCGUCAGCGCGCAAGCCGACCAAGCCGUCGCCGAAGAAGCCCGCUAAGGAGACCGCCGAGAAACCCAGUCCACUACCCACUAGACCGCGACCCAUCUUGAAAAACGACCUGAAAGCCAAAAAAGCCGUGAUCAAAAGCAUCGAAGGCUUCUGGGGCAAGAACUGGGUCAAAACCUACAUCCCCAAAUGCCACCGUCCACUGUUCAAAAACGGCACAAAACGAAACUACAACCGCGCCCACGAAAACGACCCCAUGAAAUGGCUUCCCUUGGUCCUCAAAUCCAUCCUCAUGGUCGCCAAGCUCACGAAGAACCGAAAGUGGCUUGCGGCCACCAUGAACGAAGUCGUCCGCUACCGGGUCAAGAACACCGGGAACCGGAAGCCACAGCUUUGCAGCACGGACUUUGAUGUCAUGGAGGAUAUGUUGGUCAAAGACUGGGAGGUGGAGUAUGCGUUUGGGGUCUGGUAUAAGCAUUUGCUUGUUAAGGCUAAGGAGAUCCAGACUGAAGAGGAUGUGGAUAGGAUCAUGAAAGUUAGUGAGGAGGAGGAUGAUGGGGAGGAGGGCAGUGAUGGAGGUCAGGACAGUUCUGGGGGGUCUGAUUCGGAGUCGGAUGACGAUGUGAAGCAGAAGUUCGGCGGAGGUGCUUCAGAUGGUCACCGGGUGAUGGGUGGUUACCACCAGUCUCCUUCGUCGACACCUCGCGGUAAGAAGCACAAGACACCCAAGAAAGAAGCCGUCAAGGAAGAGUCGCCGACGCCACCUCAUCCUCCGCCGCCCGGUAUUUACGGUAGCUACUAA